AUGGAAAAACUGUGGAAAUGUGGAGAGUGUGGGAAGAAAUUCAAAUACCCAUCCUGGCUGGAAGAUCAUCGACGCAGGCAUACUGUUGAGAUGCUGUUUCCCUGCUCAGUUUGUGGGAAAGGAUUCACUCGGUCAUCCACCCUGCGGAAACAUCAGCGAGUUCACACGGGGGAGAAGCCAUUUACCUGUACUCAGUGUGGAAAGAGUUUCAGGCAAUCAGACAACCUCAUUUCACAUCAGCGAGUCCACACUGGGGAGAGGCCUUUCUUUUGCACCAAUUGUGGGAAAGCAUUCACUGGCUUAUCUCCCCUUAUUUCACACCAGCGACUUCACACUGGAGAGAAACCAUUCACAUGCCCUGACUGUGGAAAGGGAUUCUCUCGGUCAGCCAACCUGUUGUCGCAUCAACGGGUUCAUACUGAUGAAAAACCCUUCAUCUGCUCUCACUGUGGAAAGUGUUUCAGGCACUCAUCCAACCUCACUGCACACCAGCGAGUUCACACCGGGGAGAGGCCAUUCAAUUGCUCCACGUGUGAAAAAACAUUCACUCAUUUGUCCAGCCUCAUUUCACACCAGCGGGUUCAUACUGGGGAGAAGCCAUUCUCCUGCUCUGUGUGUGGGAAAGGAUUUACUCAGUCAGGCAACUUGGUGGUACACCAGGGAGUUCACACUGGGGAGAAACCGUUCACCUGCUCCAAGUGUGGGAAAGGAUUUACACGGUCAGCCAGCCUCACGUUACACCAACGAAUUCACAAUGGGAAGAAACCAUGGAAAUGUCGGGAUUGUGAGGAGGGAUUCAGAUUCCCAUCUGAGCUGGAAAUUCACCAACGCACUCACACUGGCGAGAGGCCAUUUAUCUGCUUCAAAUGUGGGAAGGGGUUCACUCAGUCAUCCCAUCUGAUGGCACACCAGCGAGUUCACACUGAUGAAAGACCUUUUAAAUGUCCGGAUUGUGGAAAAUGCUAUAAAUGUUCUGGAGAAUUGAUGCGCCAUCAGCGUGUUCACACUGAUGAGGGACCAUUCAGGUGCUCUUAUUGUCAGGCUGGGUUCAAGAUUUCAUCUCGACUCUCUGUACACCAGGGAGUUCACACUGUGGAGAGAAUGGUCACCUGCUCUGAGUGUGGGAAGAGAUUCAGUCAAUCUUCCAACCUGCAGACUUGCACUCGUAAGAGACUGUUCACCUGCGCCAUGUGUCAGAAGAGAUUUGUUCACUCAUCCAAUCUGCUGAAACACCAGCGAGUUCACAGUGAUGAGAGACCUUUUAAAUGCUCAGACUGUGGGAAGUGCUAUAAAAGUCCCCAGGAACUGAUGUCCCAUCAACGUGUUCACACUGAUGAGAAACCAUUCAGGUGCUCUCAUUGUACAAUGGGGUUCAGGCGAUCAUCUGACCUCACUAAACACCAGCGAAUUCACACUGGGGAAAGGCCAUUCACUUGCUCCAAGUGUGGGAAGGGAUUCACUCAGUCAUCUAGCCUGCUCAGACACCAGCGAGCUCACAAGUAAUGACAGUGGUUACAUUUUGCCAUUAAUCACAUACAGCAAUGAACAAUGUCUAUUGGGGUCUGAUUCUGCUAAUAUUAAUAAUCUCUGGUUAUAAAUGUUAAUAUUCCAAUAAAUCAACUUGGUGUUAAACAUA